AUGCAACUCUUCACCGUAACCUUUUCCGUCAUCUUCACCCUCCUAAUAUCCAUUGUCAACAGCACAAAAGAAAACCUUCACUGCCUCGGUGCCAACAAAUGUACCUUAUACAUGACAUGGCCGGCAGGCUCACCCGGCCUCGAAUCCGGCACCAUGGCCAUGCCCAAAGAUCUCGAACUUUAUGGAAAAGAUUGCAACGUCAUUGAAUCAAAAAUGACUCAAGCCGAAGCGAAAGGUCCAAUCGAAACCAAAUCUUCUUUACCCGAAACCAUAACUCUCACUGGGAAGUAUCCCGUGUUUGACAUGCCGCUCUUUACAUAUGGCAAGAAUGAAGAAGGUGGGGAACAUUGCGGACGAGGCGAUGAUGACUGGGUCUGCGAUUUUCCUUGUUAG